AGUAUCUUCUGCUUCUGUCCCUUAACGUGUUCGCCGCAGCUUGUCGUAAAUUUGUAUGUCUUUGAGUGAAUAUAUGCUCGUCCUUUCGUGCAUCAAAAACCGGUAGUUCUAGGUAGCUCCGGUAAUUUCAAGCCGGUUUUGUUCGAGUCGCCAGUCAACAUACAACUUACCCACCAACGUCUUCCAUCCAUGUCUCACUCAGAUUCAACAACACAAAAUGUACCGCCUGGCGACGUCGGCGCCAGGCAAUGGGGAAGAGGUAUUUGUCAUUUGUGCGACAUUAUUGCGAAAUGAAUUUUGAGUAAUAAUAAUUGUGUUCGAUGCAGUACUCAUCUGCGGGGGUACCGACUGGUCUGUUGUUCUUACUCCCGACCAUCAUGAUGCUCGGUCUGACCAACAGUCGGCUUCUGUCAAUAGGAUCAACCUAGGGAAGAAAGACAAGAAGGGCGCAAAGGAGGAGUCCGAACACCCUGACCUGACUGAACCCCACAUCCUUCGCUCGCUUGCUAAUGUUGCCGUCACCUCCAUUCACGCGUCGGGUGCAGGCUGCCACGUCGUUGCACUCGCGCUCGACGGCUCCGCGUUUCUCUUCGGACGGAAUGCUCCCAGUGCACUAGGCCGUCCUAUGCGCUCUGGCGAACCAAGUCAACCCCCGGGCGCCGUGAGCGAGAAUACACCGCGUCGGUUGACUCCUCAGAUGCUCGGAGCGUCGAAGGGUGUGACGUUCGUCCACGCUGCGGUUGGGCGCAGUCAUACCUUACUUGUGGGAAGCAAUGGCGAUGUGUGGACAGCUGGCGCGAAUUCUCUUGGCCAGUGCGGACAGCCACAAUGUCCGGAAGUACCUACUUUCACACUUAUACGCGGUCCAUGGCCGAAUGGCGAGAAGGAGAAGAUUGUAAAAGUUGGCGCCGGCAUUAACUUUUCAAUGCUUCUGACUGAAUCCGGGAAACUUUACGCACUCGGAAGUGGUGAACAUGGUCAGCUGGGUAAUGGACGUACAGGAGAACACAUUGCGACUGGGAAUAAAACCAUGUUUGACGUGUUUUCAACCCCGGUGCUGGUAAAAGGCCUCGAGGGCAAGCAUAUUACUCAGAUCUCCUGCGGUCACCAACACUCCAUUGCAUUGGACAAAGAUGGGAUUGUUUACGUUUGGGGAUACAACGGGUACUGUCGCCUUGGGCUGGGUAACCAGCAAGACGUGCUUGUUCCGAAGGCCGUACCCCAAUUCUCGGGUCCGAAUGAGAUUUCGCGGGGAGUUUUCGUCGCUGCGGGUCCUUCGAACUCUAUUGUGAUAGACAGGCAAAAAAUGUAUUACAUGGCUGGGAAGUGGAAAAAUAGUGGUGAAGGUUCAUCCGGGUCUCCAUAUUCCUCCUUCCGAUACAUACAGGACCUAAUGGGCUGCAAAAUAUACCGUGCCUGCAGUGGGGGUGUAACGCACUUCGCACUCGCACCUGAUGAAGAAGCCACUGACGGAGGUGUAAUGACCGUCGCAUUCGGCCAAAACGCUGCAAAUUGGGAGCUAGGCUUUGGUGCGUCGGAACCGAAGAGUGCGACGAAGCCAACAAGGCAUCAACUACUUAUUGGUAUCGACGUUAUUGACAUUGCCGCGUCACAAAACACAACUCUCUUCCUCGCCCGUCCGAACGAGAAACUGUCUGACCUGCCUCGACACCCCGUGGAGGUUGACUCACCUGACGAAUGUGUAGUGUGUAAUAAAGAUCGUGGGGAAGAUGACUCGCCGUUGGAGUGCGACAAGUGCGACCACCCGUAUCAUCUCUCCUGCCUCACUCCUCCACUUUCAGCUGUACCCGAAGGCGAAUGGUUCUGUCCCCGAUGCGCUCCAUCUUCCAUACCCCCUCCUGGUACUGAUGCCAACACCUGCGAGAAGGAAGAUGCUGAGCCUGUCACGGCUGGAGAGGAUGCUAGGGAAGAAGGUGGUGGGGAAGACGGGACGGAGGAGCGAAUGAAGCGCAGUAGAUCCUCAGGUGGUCAAAAGCGGAAGGCUCCCGAACCAAAAGCUUCAACUACGAAGCGCAAGAAGUGAGCAUCGAGGUGAAAAGGGCUCAGCUCGAGAGCAGGCGUGGUUUCUUUGGGCUUAAGGUAUAUGCAUAUGGUUUGAUUUGGCUAACACCGUCUUUUUUGCAUUCCUUCCAUUAUAUUGCGCUAUGUGUUCCACAUUGUCUAUUAUGAAUGUUACAUACAUUAA